AGAGAGAGAGGGAGAGAGAGAGAGAGGAGGGGGUUUGGCCGGGCAAAACAAGCCACAUGCAUACGGAGGCAGCCAGAAGCACAGAGGCAGAUUGGGAGAGUGUGUGCUUGCGUGUGUAUGUGUGUGUGUGCGUGUGUGAAAACACUGCGCAUGUGUGACUGUGAGGCAGACGGAGGAGGAGAGAGAGGAGUAAUGAGCGGCAGCUGAGUCAGGACGCGAGGCAACAGCAGAGGAGAAGGCAACGGAGGAGAGGAAAGGGUUACACAGAGCAGAAGAAGGAGACGGGCAGAAAGAAAGACGGGGAUGUACGUGAGGAGGAAGGCUCAGGUCAGCGCACACAAUAGGCUGAGUGAGACUGAGGGCUAAAGGAUGGAGAAUGAGCCACGGCUCAUCCAGGGAGGAGAAUAGGCGGCGGAGUGAAGGACAAAGGUUCCAGGCGCCAGAGGAGAGGAACAAGGGAUGCGGAACUCGACAGGAGCAGCUUGAGACAUGACGCAUCCACCUCGCAACCGCUUCCUCCAUCUUACGUCUCCUCCAUCUUCUCCAUCGGCCGCUGCUGCUCGUUCGUCCGGCUCCGGUCCAGCGGACGCCACGGAGCAUCGGCGCUGAGGCGUCGUCCCAGCGGCCCCUGGGUCCGUGCAGCAGACAGACAGACGGGCCCAAAGGAAUCUCAUUAUAAGUCUGAGCCACUGGAAAAGGGAGCCAGGCACAGACGCACCCUCCAGGCUCCUAUCACUGGGCUGGGAGCACUGGUUCAGAGUGGGAUCCUCCCACCUUGGAGGAACUCAGGAGCUACUCCCUCCCUCCUGGCCAAGGCCGAGGAGCGGGUCACACGGGGUCAUCGGACCAAACGGGACCAAGAGAGACUGGACGCCGGUCUCGCUUUUAUUCUCACGCUCUCGAAUUAACGCGCAAAAACAGGAAGUUAAAGAGAAACGGGCGUAAAGGCUAGUGGGGAUUUAUUUUAAGACGCCUCCUGGAACUUUGUGCACUGUGUGUACUGUAUAUAUGUGAGCAUCUGUGUGCAUAGAUUAUUUAUUGGUGUUAUCGCUCAACUGGGCUUCUGUGUGUAUAUAAGUUCCUGCAAAUCGCCAUCAGACGCAGAAACACAGAACAUCUGCCUGUCAACAGCCGACACUGGUCCGAACCCGUGAUCUGGACUCGUCUCACGGUGAGAGCUGCUGCGGCUCAGCCCCUUCGUCUCCACCCUCACAAAGACCCCGCGGCGCCUCUGAGGGGAACAUGGAGCCUCACGCCCUUCGCGAGCACCCACGCAGGCGCGUCCAGCGCUGAACUGCGCCGCAGCCCCGCCCUCCACCGCCCCCCGGCCGCGCGGAUGUCCUGCCUCCGGCGCCAGCCCGUCGCCAUCCCCAUGGACACCGUCAAGAUCAUCCAGUCGGAGAAGUUCCCGCGCGAGCGCCCCGCGCCCGUCACGCAGCCGCGCUACGCGCCCCCGCCGCGCGUGGCGUGGGACGGCGGCGGAGAGGGCGAGAUCAUCGUCAACCAGGCCUGCAGCGACCUGACGCUGGACGUGGCGGUGUCCCCCCGCCCGAUGGUGUCCCCCCCGCCCCCCCUCACGCGCCGGGAGCACAGCUUCCUGGCGCCGCGCAAAACCAGUGCCAACGAAAUCUGCUACCACCAGUUCCACUACAAGAUGGAAGACGUGAUCGUCAACCAGUACGUGCUGCGCUCCUCGUCCACCUCCUCGUCCACCUCCUCCUCCUCCUCCUCGGGGCCCGUCAUGCCCUGCGAGCCCCUCGACUGCCCCACGUGCGGCCACACCUACAACUUCGCCGGGAAGCGCCCGCGCAUCCUGUCCUGCCUGCACUCGGUGUGCGAGGAGUGCCUGCAGAUCCUCUACGAGUCCUGUCCCAAGUACAAGUUCAUCUCCUGCCCCACGUGCCGGCGCGAGACGGUGCUGUUCACGGACUACGGCCUGGCGGCGCUGGCGAUCAACACCAGCAUCCUGAGCCGCCUGCCCUCGGACCCCAACGGGCCGGUGCAGUGGGGCGGGGACGCCGACCGCAGCUGCUACCAGACGGUGCGCCAGUACUGCCAGUCAGCCUGCACCUGCCAGAUCGCCAACCCCCUGUCCUCCUGCGGCAUCAUGUAGACAAGGGGGGGACACCGCAGGCAUGACCCCCCCCCACCCCCCAACACUGUCUUCAUCUAUAAGCUGUACCCCCUCUGCCAACCCCCCCCCUCCUCAGACACUCACUGAAUAAACCCCCCCACAGAUGUUAUCUCUAUAUAUUUAAUAGCACAGAUGGAUGCUGUGUGUGGGACUAAUGGAUGCUGGUGGUUCAAUAAAUAGUGAAUACAUGUAUUUUAUGUAUGGACUGGAAUCCUGUUCACCCUCUCUCGUUUGGUUGGACGUGUUUGUCUUUGACAUCUCUUUACAUGGGAAUGCCAAGGGGGCUCUAUGCCCCCAACCUAGGUGAAUAAAGAAUAAAUAAAAAGCUAAA